ACGAAUACAUACGGUUUGCCACAGCUCUAAUAAUUUUACGUCUGUAAAAUUAUUAAACAACUGGAUAAUUUGUUUUUACAAUAUUUUCUCAUUUGAACAGGAACAAUGAUACAGUCUCCUAGUGGAGUUGUGCAUGGAUAUCCGGGAACAUCUAUUCUACAGUGGAGCCCCGAUAAGAAGCACAGUGAUCGAGAGAGAUGGAUUUGCAUUUAUCCUGCUUAUAUUAACAGUAAAAAAACCAUAGCCCAAGGAAGGAAAAUUAACAAAGAAAAGUGUGUGGAAAAUCCCACCCAUCAAGAAAUAAGGGACGUAUUAGUCGCAGCUGGUUUAAAGGUUGGUGUAGAAAAUAAAUUGUACAGCAGAGAAAAAAGCAAGGAGCUGUUGUAUCGCGGUAGAAUACGGGUUCAGUUGAAAAACGAUGAUAACAGUUUGUGCAAUCCCAAUUUCCCUACUAGAGACAGUCUUAUGUUACAUUUAGGGGACAUGAUUCCCAAACUUAAAAGUAGACUGAAUAAGGGAAGUGGAGACCCCCAGCCGCAAGUCACUGGCAGCGCCAAGGGAAAGGGAAAAGGCAAAGGAAGGCGAUGAAAAAAAUUGUUUCCUUAUAAUUUU